AUGGGCAAUAUAUGGUUUAGUUCGCCAUACGAGAAUAACGUACCUAUUAUCAAGGCUCAUAGUAUGAUUCGACCUGGACAGCGAAGUCGAUAUGUCCUCCAAUGCGAUCGGUACGGGGCUCCGCGGCCGGGAAGGGGUGCUGGCAUUCGGAAACGAAAAUCUCGAAAGUCGGGGUGCCUAUGGAAGAUUAUUGCCGAGGCCCUGCCAGAGAACGGUUUCCAGUGGACUCUGCAGCACUUCCCAGAUGCGGAACACCACCACCACAAUCAUAACCCCAGUACCGAUGCCGCCGCUCACCCAGUUCAUCGACGACUUACUAGCCCUGUGAAGGCGACCAUCCAGUCUUCCAGUCGACGGGUUGGCAUUCGUGCACGAGAUAUUGGUGGCAUAUCCAAACGGAAGUGGGUGCACACCACGAGGGAUAGCAGGACUGGCGAAGAGAGCAGUUCGGAUGAGCCCGACGCUGCCCUCAGCCAGCGUGAUCGACAGGCAGUACAGGCAUCCGGAAGGCAAGAAGAGCCAAUCACCCACGAUAACUUGUCUCGGCUGAUAACCCACGAUUACCACAGAGUGCUUAUGCUAUGGAGGCUGGUGGUGUUUACCGAGACGGAAGAGGAUCAUGAGAAGGCCUGGGAGUGCCUCUGUACGCAAUUCGAUGACCAGAGAGCAAUCCUUGCGUAUCUAUAUGCUUAUCAUGCACGUUUUCAGCACCCGUUCAACGAAUACGAAGAUGCGCCAGAAGAAACGUACCUAGUUGUAGAGCAAUGGACGCGCAGAUCGGAUCUAUUGCAUGAAUUGAGACCUGGACAGAGUGGAAGCUCCUGCACCAAACCCUACCGCUGGGUUCUCCCCAUUUCCAGGGCGACUGUGGACGAGAUUCCUCGCCGUGCCGUUAAGUGCGCUAUGCUUAUUCCUUGCAUCAUUCAUGAAUUGGAGGUUCAGCUCAUUGCAUCGGAACUAUCCUCGGCACUUUUAGCGCCAGUUGGCAUUGCAGAUUUGCAGUUGGUGAUCGAAGCCAUCAGCUCACGCAGCGCCGCAGAGCCUGUCGACUAUGGACGUCUUGAAUUCUUGGGUGACUCGGUUUUGAAGUUUUUCACGGUUACUCAAGUCUACUCAGAGCACCCCUUUUGGCCCGAAGGCCUACUGAACCAUUUCAAAGAUCGACUAGUCUCCAACACCCGAUUGGCUCGCAUGUGCCUCGAGACAGGCCUAUCCAAGUUCAUCCUUGCCAAGACAUUCACCGGCGUAAAGUGGCGACCAUUAUAUAGAGACGACUUUCUGGACGUGAAGCCAGUCGAUGGCGCAUCGAGAUUUAUUGGCCCGAAGACCCUUGCUGAUGUGGUCGAGGCACUUGUUGGAGCCUCUUACCAGGAUGGAGGCAUGCACAAAUCUCUGAAAUGCAUCAAAGUCUUCUUGGGCUCCAAGUGCAACUGGCAUGAUGACGGAGUUGCCAGAGACAUACUAUUCCGAGCAGCACCCAGCGAUAUGCAGUUACCACCCACGAUGGAGUCUUUAGAAGAGCUAAUCGGGUAUACAUUUAAGAAGAAGUCUCUACUCGUUGAGGCUAUGACUCACGGGUCUUAUGUAGCUGAUGGGCAGCAGCGAUCUUAUGAACAACUCGAGUUUCUUGGGGAUGCGGUUCUUGACUAUAUUAUCGUAACACGGAUGUUCCGAUUCGACCCACCAGUAUCCAAUGGACGCUUGCACAUGAUCAAGACCGCCAUGGCCAACGCCGAGUUUCUUGCUUUUACAAACAUGCAACAUGGAUUGCGACGGCCUGAAAUUGAAUUUAAGGAUGGGGAACCGGUGUCUACCGAAGUCUCACUGCCAAUCUGGAAAUUCAUGCGCCACGGCUCUCCAGAGAUGGGCAGAGUGAUGAAUGAGACACAGGCCCGAUUUGAAAGUCUUCGAGAUGAAAUCAAUGCGGCUAGGACCAAUGGUACACACUACCCCUGGACACUGCUCGCACGUCUUCACCCCAAGAAAUUCUACUCUGAUCUUUUUGAGGCCAUUCUGGGUGCUAUUUGGUUUGAUUCAGGAAACAUCGAAACAUGCGCAGCCUUCCUUCACAAGUUCGGCAUCUUACCGUAUCUCGACCGAAUUCUCCGCGAGGAUGUUCAUGUUCAACACCCGAAAGAAGAACUCGGAAAACUAGCAGUCGACCAGAAAAUUGUCUAUGACUAUACUCCGGUUGACGGGCCUAUUAAAGAGUACCUCUGCACGGUCAAUGUUGGAGAUCGUGUCGUGGGAGUCGUAUCAGGGGCACUCAAUAAGCUUGAAGCCAUGACCAAGGCUGCCGAAGAGGGCGUAAACCUUUUGAACGCGGAGCAGAGACGUGCAGAAUAA